GGAAGGUUUGCUAAGUUGGGGCUGUCAUCAUGGCUCAUAGAACAGUGCAGACAGGUGGGGAUCUGCAAACCCAACGCGGUCCAGGAGAACUGUAUACCGCCCAUCCUAGACGGUCGGGACUGCAUGGGUUGUGCCAAAACUGGCAGUGGUAAGACUGCUGCUUUUGUGUUGCCUAUACUGCAGAAACUCUCUGAAGAUCCUUUUGGAAUAUUUUGUCUGGUGCUCACACCAACCCGAGAAUUGGCUUAUCAGAUUGCAGAACAGUUUCGAGUUCUAGGCAAGCCACUAGGUUUGAAGGACUGCAUCAUCGUUGGAGGAAUGGAUAUGGUUGCCCAAGCCUUGGAGCUCGCCAGAAAGCCACAUGUUGUCAUAGCUACACCGGGUCGGCUAGCUGACCAUAUUCGGAGUUCUAACACAUUCAGCAUCAAGAAGAUUAGAUUUUUGGUUCUAGAUGAGGCAGAUCGUCUGCUGGAACAGGGUUGUACAGACUUUACUCAAGAUCUGCAAGUCAUUCUUGGCGCUGUUCCUGCCCAGCGACAAACUCUACUGUUCAGUGCCACCUUAACAGACACCUUGCAAGAGCUGAAGUCUGUUGCCAUGAACAAACCAUUCUUCUGGGAAUCCACUUCAGAGGUGCGGACAGUAGAACAGCUAGACCAAAGAUACAUUCUGGUGCCUGAGAAGGUGAAGGAUGCAUAUCUGGUUCAUCUGAUCCAGAAAUUCCAGGAUGAGCAUGAGGACUGGUCCAUCAUAAUCUUCACCAACACCUGCAAAAACUGUCAAAUCCUGAAUAUGAUGCUUCGGGAGUUCAAUUUUCCAUCUGUGGCGCUGCAUUCUAUGAUGAAGCAGAAACAGAGAUUUGCUGCACUUGCAAAAUUUAAAUCAAGUGUUUUUAGGAUUCUUAUCGCAACAGAUGUGGCUUCCAGGGGCUUGGACAUUCCCCACUGUCCAAGUAGUGAUCAACCACAACACACCAGGCCUACCCAAGAUCUACAUCCAUCGCGUAGGAAGAACAGCAAGAGCAGGACGCAAUGGCAUGGCAAUUACUCUGGUAACACAGUAUGAUAUUCACCUGGUGCACGCAAUAGAAGAACAAAUCAAUAUGAAACUAAAAGGGUUUGCUGUAAAAGAAAGUGAGGUAUUACAAAUCCUUACUCAGGUGAAUGUGACUCGAAGAGAAUGUGAAAUUAAACUGGAAUGCACAGAUUUUGACGAGAAGAAGGAGAUUAACAAACGGAAGCAGCUCAUUCUGGAAGGAAAGGAUCCUGAUCUGGAAGCAAAAAGAAAAGCAGAGCUUGAAAAGAUUAAAAAACAGAAAAAGAAAUUCAAGGAGCACAUUGAAGAAACCAUGCAGAAGAAACGAGAUGCUGUAGUGCGCAGAAAGCUGCAGAAGAAACGCCUGAGACAAAAGAAGAAGGCUGCCAAAUCGCAGCAGUGA